AUGGCGGAGUGCGCCCGCAGCGUGCUCGCGUCGCUGCUGAAGCCGGAGGAGGGGGAGCCCCGGCUGGCGUGUCUCAUCCUCGACUGCACACUCACAGGCAUCCAGAAGGUGGCCGUCGGCCUUGGGAUACCGACGCUCGUCCUGCAGACAAGCAGCGCGGCCUGGUUCCGAUUGAUCAGGUCCUACGACAUGCUCUACGAGAAGGGCUAUUUGCCAGCUCAAAGUCUGUAG